GAAGAGGAGGCCGCUCCCCAUCACGAGCGGUGCGGCCAAUGAGAGUCUCGGGGGGCGUGGCUAGUGUCCAUGGGGAUCAGGGCUGGGCUCCGGGAAGGUCUGUUCACCCCUAUUGUUCACUAGAGCGAGUCACUCGAAGCGGGGUGGAAGAGUGGAGUGAGAGGCGAGCAGGGCGGUGGCGACGGGGCCGGCAGAGCAGCCAUGGAGGUGGUGAACAUGAUGGAGCAACCCAUCAAGGUGACAGAAUGGCAACAGACGUAUACCUACGAUUCGGGCAUCCAUUCUGGGAUGAACACCCAGGUGCCCUCAGUCAGCAGCAAAUGUUUGGUAGAUGAUGAUGACCUCUACGGCAAGCAGUACACAAUUAAGAAGACCACUUACAGCCAGGCCGGAGCUGGGCAAACCCAAGCCCAGGCACAAGCAGAAUUGGAGUCCCACCUUGCCAUGACCCGUGCCCAGCGUGUCCGGGCUGCCAUGUACCCAGAGACAGUAGAGGACCGUUCCCUUCUUAUUAGCACCCAAAUUGAGGGGCAGCAAACAAAUGUGCAGCGACUGGCUGAACCCUCUCAGAUGCUCAAGUCAGCCAUUGUACAUCUCAUCAACUAUCAGGAUGAUGCUGAGCUGGCCACCCGUGCUAUUCCUGAACUCACCAAACUCUUGAAUGAUGAGGAUCCGGUUGUGGUCAGCAAAGCAGCCAUGAUUGUGAACCAACUGUCCAAGAAGGAGGCAUCACGCCGUGCUCUAAUGCAGUCUCCUCAACUAGUUGCUGCCGUGGUCCGCACCAUGCAAAGCACAAGUGAUCUGGAUACAGCCCGCUGCACCACCAGUAUCCUCCACAACCUGUCCCACCAUCGUGAGGGGCUGCUGUCCAUCUUUAAGUCCGGGGGCAUCCCAGCUCUUGUGCGCAUGCUCAGCUCUCCAGUGGAGUCGGUCUUGUUUUAUGCCAUCACCACCCUUCACAACCUGCUGCUGUACCAGGAAGGUGCUAAGAUGGCUGUGCGCCUGGCAGAUGGGCUUCAGAAGAUGGUUCCUUUGCUGGCCAAGAAUAACCCUAAGUUUCUUGCCAUCACCACUGACUGUCUCCAGCUGCUUGCCUAUGGGAACCAGGAAAGCAAGCUCAUCAUUUUGGCCAAUGGAGGCCCACAAGCCCUUGUUCAGAUUAUGCGCAGCUACACAUAUGAGAAGUUGCUGUGGACUACCAGCCGCGUCCUCAAGGUCCUUUCCGUCUGUCCCAGCAACAAGCCAGCCAUUGUGGAAGCCGGUGGCAUGCAAGCUCUGGGAAAGCAUCUGACCAGCUCCAGCCCAAGGCUUGUGCAGAACUGUCUGUGGACUUUGAGGAACCUCUCAGAUGUGGCCACAAAGCAGGAAGGUCUUGAUGGUGUCCUGAAGAUCCUGGUGAACCAGCUGAGUUCAGAUGACAUCAAUGUGCUGACCUGUGCAACCGGCACACUUUCCAACUUGACCUGCAACAAUAGCAAGAACAAAACCCUGGUCACCCAGUCAAAUGGAGUGGAAGCCCUGAUACACACCAUCCUCCGGGCAGGAGACAAAGAGGAUAUCACUGAGCCAGCUGUCUGUGCUCUGAGGCACCUUACCAGCCGGCACCCAGAGGCUGAGAUGGCUCAGAAUUCUGUGCGGCUCAAUUAUGGCAUCCCUGCCAUUGUCAAGCUGCUUAAUCAGCCCAAUCAGUGGCCAUUAAUCAAGGCUACUAUCGGCCUCAUCCGUAACCUGGCUUUGUGUCCAGCAAACCACGCCCCCCUACAGGAAGCUGCUGUCAUCCCACGCCUUGUUCAGCUGCUGGUGAAGGCUCACCAAGACGCCCAACGUCACGCAGCAGCUGGCACGCAGCAGCCAUACACAGAUGGGGUAAAGAUGGAAGAGAUUGUGGAAGGCUGCACAGGGGCAUUGCACAUCUUGGCUCGUGACCCCAUGAACCGGAUGGAAAUAUUCCGCCUGAACACCAUUCCGCUCUUUGUGCAGCUCCUGUAUUCUCCAGUGGAAAACAUCCAGCGUGUGGCAGCCGGUGUCCUGUGUGAACUGGCCCAGGAUAAGGAAGCCGCCGACGCCAUUGAUGCAGAGGGUGCCUCAGCCCCUCUAAUGGAGCUUCUGCACUCCAGGAACGAAGGCACAGCUACAUAUGCAGCAGCUGUGUUGUUCCGCAUCUCUGAAGACAAGAAUCCCGACUAUCGGAAGCGUGUCUCUGUGGAACUUACUAAUUCACUCUUCAAACACGACCCUGCAGCCUGGGAAGCUGCCCAGAGCAUGAUACCCAUCCACGAGCCAUACGGAGAUGAGCUGGAUGGAGGUUAUCGCAGUAUGUACCCAGGUGAAAUCCCCAUGGAUCCUAUGGACAUGCACAUGGACAUGGAAGGUGACUAUCCCAUGGAUGCAUACAGCGACGGUGUGCGGGCACCCUUCACGGACCAUAUGCUUGCCUAAGGUGCCCUUUGGGCAGGGCUCAAGAUGUUUUCUUAACACAGAAGAGGGCAGCUUCAGUGCUCAACUCCGGGGCACUUGGGAGACAGAAGUGCCUGAUAAAGAUGACAAACUCUUCCUUUCCCUGCGAGGAGGUUUUAUUUUCUAAAACUAAACCAUUUUCCCCUCCUGUGGGCCUAUGGGAAAGACCCCUCAUUCACAUAUCCAGGACUGCUUCUAACAAACUUAUAAUAACUUUUUAUCAGCAGUCAACCCCCUUCUCUCCCUUGCUGGUGUUUCUCAACUUAACCAUCCUCUCCCUUUUAUCUCUCUGUCCCCUUCCCCCCCCCCAAUCAACCUUUCCCAAAUCCGGGCAACAUUCUCAGAACUGCCAUUGAAUCCUUAUACAAGAUGUUUCAAACACAUGCACCCCUUGUUUUUCUGUAUGUGGUGCAAAACUAGCCUUUUGCCAUUUGAUACACACAUAUAUUCUCCCCCUAUUUGCACUUCUAAUGCAUUGUCAUUUAGGAAGUGAAGAAAAUGGAAAUUAUUUUUUUCCUUUGCCUUUUAACUUUCUGAGUUUUUUAAAAAAUAAAGAGCAGCCAAUGGUUGUGAGAGUUUGCCAAGAAAUGAACAGCUUUGCAUUUCGUAGCUUCUUCAUUUUGUUUUAAGCCCUCAAUAGAUGUGUCUGUGGGCUUUGGCACCCCAACUGAAGAAUCUCUUAAGCCGUCCUACAGAGAGGAACGACUAACCGUUUUAAGAAAGCUGUCCUUCUACUGACCAUCUCUUGCACAUUUUUAACCCAAGUCCUCCUCCUUUCUCCCCUCCUCCCUCCCCCUUUCUUGGUGAUUGGCGUGUUUCUCUUCUCCUCCCCCCUUGCUCCUUCUAAUGCCUUUUUAAAAGCGGCUCUCUCAAUGUGAUGGCUUGAGGCUUCCACUGGAAAAGGGAUCGAUGUAGCUGCAAAUGUACUUCAGAAGAUUUUAUUAUUAUUUCUCUAAGGGAUUUUUUUGUAUAGACCAAAGCUAAAAAAACAAAUAAAAACUUAAACCCA